AUGCCAGCAGUGGAUGAUGGCUUAGGCCCUGGCUCCUUCGAAGAUGGUGCCGAGCUGGCCAGGACCUCCAUCCCAGAGACAGCCACCACCGUGCUCUUGGGCGAGUGCACGCAUGGAACGGAGGAGUUUUACCAGAUCCGGGCUGAGAUUACCAAGUAUUUGAUGCAAACCAGGGGAUUCAACAUCAUCUUGUGCGAAAGUGAUUGGACUUUCAUGUGGCACGUGAACCAGUACGUGCACCGGAAGAAGAGCAAUAUGUUUCCAGACGCCACUCGCUUUCCGGAUUGGAUGUGGAAAAACCGUCCUUUCUACGAGCUGGUGGAGUGGAUGCGUAAACGCGCGUCCUCGGAUGGACCCUAUGUCUUUGGGAUGGACUGCUACUGUAAAGAGGAGGCCAAAGACGAGGUUCUCAACUUCUUCGAUUUCUAUGAUCGGGAGAACCUUGGGAAGGAGUUUCGCCGCACUUUGUAUCCGGCGGAGCAGCCAGACAGGUGGCCAGAUGUUCUGGCAAAGCUGCAGUGGGAGUUCCAAGCCGACUCUGGUAGCCAACCUGGGCGGCAGCAGGCGGCGGCGAACGGCUCUUGCGGAAGUAUCGUACUGGCUUCGAAGAAGUUCAGGGGAUGUUCUAAGCUCGACCAGUUCAACGUGGAACAGAAUCUGGAGUGCAUGAUUGCUGCUGACGAGUACUACUCGAAGCAGCGCCUGGAGCCACCCGGGUCGCGGGCGAGCUGGAAUGCUCGUGACCAGCACAUGAUGACGACGAUUCUUCGACUGCGGGCGCAUUCACGCGAGCUCUUCGGUCUCGAUGACAAGGACUUGAAGAUCAUCGUCUGGGCGCACAAUUCCCAUGUGGGUGAUGCAACUGCCACCCCCAUGGGCGGAAUGAACUUUGAGAGAAAUGAGAAAUGGAACCUUGGUCAGAUGUGCCGCAGCACCCUGGAGUCGGUGUUCAUCGUCGGCUUCUACUCUUUUUGUGGGGAGGUGAGGGCCGCCAAGAAAUGGGGAGGCGAAGGCCAGGUCAUGUCACUGACUCCUGCUGUGCCUUACUCCUUCGAACAUCGGCUUCACGAGUGGUUCCCACAUCAGCGGGCCCAGUUUCCACUCCACAAAGUUCGAGAGGCUUCCAAGAGAUUCGAGUACGUCCCGCAGAAGUUUCCAUUGAACGUGGAGUACCGGGCGCUCCACCCAAUGGUCAGGGUGAGCAAGGAGGUGAUGCCUCAGAACCAGUCAGUCGAAGCCGAGGAGGUUGGCGGUGAUGGCUCUCUGAAGCACAAGCAUCCCACGCUGGAUCCGACGAAGCCUUUCACUGCUGUGAGUCGCACCCAAGUGGGAAAGCAAGGGGAAGUGGUGCGCUUGCAGAUUCGCGGCUACGAUCGGGGUCAGUAUGAUGGGUGGUGGGUGACGGAGUACACCCGUCACGGGUCGAGGACGAUCCACUGCUUACCCUCUAGUCACUUGAAGGCCCUUUCGGGUCCCCUUCCGACGCCGGAGAAGGCAAGGGCGCUCGCCAACUUCCCGAUUCUCCAGCGAUGGGUCGGCGUGCAGUAUCACCCCGAGACGGAGAUCGAGUCCCACUACGGGGAAAUGGCCAUCGCCAGAUGCUAUGACCUGGCCGUGUUUGUGGACAAGACUCGGGCCCUGGAUAUCGAUAUGACUGCAUCGACUCCUCUUCCUGUUUCUGCUGCCUUAAAUGAGGGCGAGAAGCAAGCCCCCACUGAAUCCGCUGGAGCUGGCAGUCGCCACAACCGGAGACUCUUGAUGGAGUACCGGCGGAUUCUCAAAAAUCCCAUCGAGUACAUCGAAGCGCGACCGUUGGACACAAAUAUCUUAGAAUGGCAUUUCGUGAUCACUGGAAACCAGGAUCCGUACACAGGUGGCAAAUACCACGGCAUCCUGGAGUUUCCGGAUGACUUUCCCAUGAAGCCUCCGUCGAUAAAGAUGUUGACCCCAAGCGGCCGCUUCGAGAUCAACAAGCGCAUCUGCUUAUCAAUGAGCGACUUCCACAAGGAGUCUUGGAAUCCCAGCUGGACUGUAGAGAAGAUACUCAUUGGCCUUAUGAGCUUCAUGUACGAGGAGAACUCCGUCUCCAUCGGUUCUAUAUUGGAGCCUAAAGAGGACCGGCGGAGGUAUGCUGCAGCAUCAGCAUACUUCAACGCACAGAAUGAGAUUUAUGUGCAGCUGUUCCAAACGCCUGACGAAGCAGAGGAGGAGGACAACAUCCGGAAGCUGCGCCGCGUUGCCGAGGGUGAAGUCUCAGAAGCUGGUAAGGCAUGCCGCUAUUGCCUGGUGGAAUCUGGCGAGUUGGUGGCCCCAUGCGAAUGCAAGGGCAGUGGCCAAUGGGUGCACUUGAGCUGUUUGCGGCAGUGGCAGAAGUCAGUGCUUCUGACGCAGUCCACGCAUCCGAAGUACCAGACUCGCAUCGACGAAAUCUGCAACGUCUGCGAGCGGCCCUUCAAGGAAGCGUACAAGCCCAGGAGUCGGCGCGAGGCACUUCUGGAGUACACGGGGGAGGAGCUUCCCCAGCUGAUCCAAAAAGGAAACCUUUUGGCGAGCUCCCGACCCAAAUCCGAGAAGAACGGGGAGCUGAUGCGCCAGCAACCUGGCGCCUUCGCCACGAGGCUCGGGCACUUCACCGAGGCGGUGUACCUGAUCGCUUUGUGCGAGCCUUACAACCCCAACAAGCGCGGGGGAGGAGCUGUUCUGGGAGUCAACCUGGUGCAAAAAGUUCCAAGUCCACUGGAGCACACCACCCGGCCUGUUCUACAACAGGGCCCCGACGUCGAGGUGACGACUUACCCGUUGAGGGAAUGGCAAUCGAGCUACGCUCCCUUGGUCCAGGUCUUACAGGCUGCCAGGGUCUUGGCCCCCAGGGCCGUGGAGCACUUUCUGGGUGGGCCGGUGGAGCCCUCGGAGGCCUUCGCUUUGGUGGAGAUACCCACGGAGGUGCUGGAUGCAGCAAAGCGUGCGUCAAACAACUUCGCGGUUGACCCUGGAAUACGGAGACAGCUUGCGAGCUGCUUCGAGCUUCUGUCCCCGCAGCGAAUUGCACAGCUCUCACGGCUCAGGGUCAAAGGUAGCAUUUAUUUCGGAGAACUUGGAGUGAUUUUGGGACUAUUGGCCAGCAUCUUUGUCCAAGUCGGCGCCGGCGAUGGCUGCUUGCUGGGCGAUGCUCCUCUCAAGGUCUUCUGGGGCUACGCCUCUUGGAAUGCGACGCAGCUGCUCGGAGAGAUUGCCCGGCGCGGCUGGGGCCUCGUGGUCACCGAUGCCAACAUGUCGUUCUCAACCUGGGAGCAGACUGUGGCCUCGUGGAGAGUCGUGGUGGACAAGAGCAUUGUUGCCCGUGAGAGCGAAUACUCUAAUUAG